AAUAUGAUGGUCAUCCUGCUAUAUCAACGAAAAUGGAAAUGCAUUUCCCUCUUAUGGGAAUCUCUUCAGAAAAUUCGUAGGCGAAAACAUUAACAAAACAAAAAUAAGAAAAUGUUUAUGAAAACUUUCAAGAAAAUAAGAAAACAUGCGUUUCAUAGCGUCCCUUAGCCAUGCCAUAUGACCAUAUAGCAACAACGGCGAUGAAAAUGGAAGAGCGGGCUACACACACACACACACACGCACACCAAAAAUGCGCCUAAAAAUAGAAUGUGCAGAGGAAAAUCUCAUUUGAGGAAAAGCACAAAAAACGAUCAAACGAUAGAAAAGUCAAAAAAGAAAUAGAAUUGAGAAAUUCUUUUUGGAUCGAAAGUAAAACCAACCAACAACGAGCACAUAACAGCUAACGUUGUUUUUAAAGAAAAGUUAAUUUCAACUGUCGAAAAGCGUUAAAUUUGAGUUGAAAAAUGUCGGAAACUAAUGGUGAAGCUGUAAAGGAUUUGAAUAACAAUCAAAGUGAGGUGGUGCCACCACAGCCAGCCAUGGAGCCUGCAGCAGCAGCAACACAAAAUCAAGAAACACCCAAAGGCGGUGAAAGCAAUGAAUUGUUGGAUAUGGUUUUCGCUUUGGAAAGUGAAAAACAACAGCUGGUCGAAGAGUCACGCAAACGUUUGGGGGCAAUGCGCAAAGAAUUGGAGGACACCUUGAGUGAAAAUGAAAAGCUAAAGCGUAAGCUCAAUCAAUUGGAGCAAUCCCUUAAGCAAUCGGUAAUGUUGGGCGGUGUGGAUGCGCCCAAGACUCGCCAAGAUCAAGAGGAGCUAUUGCUGAAAGCCAAAACUUUGCUAUUCGAAAAGACCAAAGUCAAUAAACAGCAAGAGCAACAAAUUGCCACCAUGAAAGCCCAGGUGGAUGCCAUGAAAGAUGUGGUGCAAGUCACCAAGGAUAUGCUGAAUUUGAAAACAGCCGAAUGUAAUCACAUGCAAGAGCGUCUGGACAAAUCUCAGCUAUGGAUUAAGGCCGAAAAAGACAAAGGUGUCAUACUGGAGAAGAAAUUGACCAUUUCCAAGAAUGUCUAUGACAAACUGAGAGCGGAACAUGAUGUGCAAACAAAAAUUCAUAGAGAUUUGAAAGAUGUUUAUGAGCAAAAGAUAAAACUUUUGAAUCUGACCAUAGCCAAGCUAAAGGAAAAUUAAAAUAUGAACAAUUUUACUCACCUCACAACGCCCCCACAAACAGUGUUUUUUUUUUGCUCAACGAAAAAAAACCCUUAAAAAUAGUUUUUCAAAGUUAUUUAACUUUUUAUUAAAUGCUAGUUUAAUUUAA